CGGAAACGACAAAAAAAUGCACGCGAAAUGGACGUCUCCGAGCGGUGGCAAGUCCUCUGGCUUCCUCAGAGGCCGAGCGCGCCGCGGCCACGGGGCGGUCCGGCGGGGCCCUCGAGCCGGAGGACGCCGAGGCGAUCGGGGCGGCCGCGGGGCUUCGGGCGGCCAGGGUGCGGCCAGAGGGGCUGCGGCUGCUGCAGGAGGCCCUGGACCACUUCCGGGGGUCGAGGUGGUUCGGGAACUUCACCAGCGCUUCCGCCCAGGACGACAAGGGAUUCCUGGGGGACGGGGGCCAGCGGAAUAUUCGGCGGAUCGACUGCGGAGCGCCCUUCGUAGACGAACACGGCCAGGAGUGGGUGCCGAUCCUCGUGUCCGCCGACAGCUUCCUCGCCUACCAAUCAGGAAGAUGCUCGGGACGGCCGUGCAGGUCGCGCAGGGCCUCGUCCCCUUGGCGUUCCUCCCGGCCGCGCUGGACCGCCGGGUCCGCUGCGCGACGCCGCGGGCGCCGCCGGACGGGCUGAUCUUCUUGCGGGCGGAGUUCGAGGGCACGGAGACCGGCCGGGCCGUGCAGGACGCGCUCGCCGCGCCGGAGGUCCAGCGCGGCGUCGGCUCGUGGCUGGACGGGCUGCGGAGGUAUAUCGUCGGCCGCGACGCGACGGCGCGCAGGUGGGUGGAGUGGCUGAUCGACCAGGUCCGCUACGGAGCCGACAUCCAGCGGGAGGCCCGGCAGGCGGUGUCCCUCCACGAGGCCCUCCGGGAGGCCGACAGCCGCAAGGCGCGCGCGGCCCGCGCCGCGGCCGUGCAGCUGGCCUGCCUGGAGGCCGCGCGCGGGAGGCCCGCCCGCGCCCCAGGAGCAGCGGCCUCGGGAUCGCGGGCUGCCGCCGAG